CCUUCAGUCUUUUCCCCCUCCUCCUCUUCCCCGAUGAACCUCUUCUCGGUUUGCACUUUGCAUGAAAAAGACCGGAGGAAAGACAUGAUGAAGUGUUAAAAAAUAAUCAUAAAGCCACCUUUGCAGCAACAACAACUAACAAUUCCAGCUGCAGUUUGCCAAGCUGCAACAGAGAGAAACAACCUUUAUGCAAAAGGCGACUAGAAAGAGCAACCCGCUCUGAUGCAUCAUCAAUACUAUAGGCUCUGCAAAGGAUAAUAAAGAGAGAGAGAGAGAAACAGUCGGUGCAAAUUGGAGCGAAGGUUGCAAGGGGCUGGUGGAGAGAGAGAAGGAAAAUAGAUAUUGCAAAUAAUCAAGCUGGCUCACCCGGUUGCAACUCAGAGCAGUCCCCUCGCUCCUGGUGCGCACCCUUUCUGGAGGACUGUCAGCAGCAAAAGGAUGGCAUCAGAACUGGCAAUGAGCAACUCCGACCUGCCCACCAGUCCCCUGGCCAUGGAAUAUGUUAAUGACUUCGAUCUGAUGAAGUUUGAAGUGAAAAAGGAGCCGGUGGAGACCGAUCGCAUUAUCAGCCAGUGCGGCCGCUUGAUCGCUGGGGGAUCGCUCUCUUCCACCCCGAUGAGCACGCCCUGCAGCUCGGUGCCCCCUUCCCCGAGCUUCUCGGCGCCCAGCCCGGGCUCUGGCACGGACCAGAAGACCCACCUGGAAGAUUAUUACUGGAUGACCGGCUACCCGCAGCAGCUCAACCCAGAGGCGUUGGGAUUCAGCCCCGAAGACGCGGUGGAAGCGCUGAUCAACAGCAGCCACCACCAACUCCAGGGCAGCUUCGAUGGCUAUGCUAGAGGGCAGCAGCUGGCCGCCGCGGCGGCCGGCACUGGCGGCUCCAUGCCCGGGGAAGAGAUGGGCUCUGCCGCCGCCGUGGUCUCCGCAGUGAUCGCUGCGGCCGCGGCUCAGAACGGGGCACCCCACUACCACCACCAUCACCACCCGGCGGGGCACCACCACCACCAGCAGCCGGGCAGCGUGCAGUCCAGCAGCAGUAGCAGCAGCAGCAGCAGCACCGGGGGAGGCGGUGGUGGAGGGGGUCUGCACCACCCGCACCACAGCAGCAGCCUGCAUUUCGACGACCGCUUCUCGGAUGAGCAGCUGGUGACCAUGUCGGUGAGGGAGCUGAACAGGCAGCUCCGAGGGGUGAGCAAGGAAGAGGUGAUCCGGCUGAAACAGAAGAGGAGGACCCUCAAAAACAGAGGCUAUGCCCAGUCCUGUCGCUUCAAGAGGGUCCAGCAAAGGCACGUCCUGGAGUCAGAGAAGAACCAGCUGCUGCAGCAAGUAGAGCACCUAAAGCAAGAGAUCUCCAGGCUGGUCCGGGAGAGGGACGCCUACAAGGAAAAAUAUGAGAAGCUGGUCAGCAAUGGCUUCAGAGAAAACGGAUCCAGCAGCGACAACCCUUCCUCUCCAGAGUUUUUCAUGUACCCAAGAGAAUCUUCUACAUCGGUGAUGUGAAAAUGCCUGUUGCCUGAAGUAAAAAAAAAAGAAAAAUGAUGCUGGAAUGCUGAUGGCUUAAGACAACUUUUUGGCAUGAAGACAGCUACAAAGCACAAAAAACAAAAUAUGAACUCAGAAAGAAACAAGAAAAAAAACAGCGUUUUCAUGGCAUCGACAAGAAGCUCUUUAUUUUUCCUCAAGUUUUCUUUUCUAAAAAAAAUGGAACUAAAACAUUUGCAGAAACAAGACAAACUUUCUCUUCAGGUGACAAUAUUCAAGCAUGUUCUUUUACUAAAUUUAAAUUGAAAGAAAAAAAGAAAUUUUGAACAGGAUGCAGUAUUUGGAGAACUGUGAACCUUCAAAGACAACAAAACAAACUCUUUAAAACUGUGAACCAAGAAAUGGAAGGAACAACUUUUAAACCCCUGAUUACACCCUGUGUGUUCUGAAGGAGACAACAUCAUCUUUUCCUAAAGCAACAAUAUUUAGGGAAUGGUUUGGAACGUACCUUUUAUCAUAAUCUUUUAAGGAAAACCUGCAUAUUUAAUAAUUAGCAGUGGAGUAAAUCUGACUUUACCAUUUCUGUUCAAAUGUCUUCUUGCACCUUCCUUUUCUAGACAGCACAGUUAUAUUUGCAGCCAGCGGCCAAAGGCAGGGAAGCUUGCUUUCUUUAUUACUAUUCAUUUUGUUUUUUAUUUGCCACACCCAAUAAAAACUUAGUAGGGAAAAGAAUAAACAGCGCUAUCAUCUCCUGACCUAACAGCAAAUAAUUACCACAAUAUAGAGGAAAUCCCAUGUUAUUUUUGGGCUACCCAUGUAGCCAUUAAUCAAAGCAUCAAAAAAUAUACUUUGCAUUGCUCUUCUAAAAUAACUCAAAAGAUGCCUCCUUGAAUUACACUUUGAACGGGCUAUAACCAAAAGAAAGAGAACCAAGACUAACUAAACCCCAGAAAGCGAUAUUGUCCCUUUAACCCACAGUAUUCCCAACUUCCCAUUAGUACUUAGCAUUUUUCACUAUGUUGUGACUGAUAUUAUUUCAUUUAACACUAGCUAAUCUGUAUCGGAGGUAUAUGGAAACCCUCGAGAUGAUAAGAUUGGAAAGGCUCCAGAGCUGGCAGUUUUCUAGCGUGCACAUACUCUGUGUGUUUUGAUCCUUACAAAAGCUCCCUGUUAUUUGGACUGCCUGCCAAUUCGUUCUUGGAUCAGUCUCUCGCUUAGCUCCCACAAGGCUGCAGCCGUCACUUCAUUCUGGGCCUCUUGUGAUGGCAAACAGCGACAGCAGUUGUUGAAGUACAUUCCUCCCAGGCCCUCCAGCUCUGGAGCGGUGGCACAGUAGACAGUUGUGGCAGCUCCUUGUUGCUAGAAUUAAAAAAAAAUACAUAUUAUAGUUCUAAUUUAGACUGUGGUCCUAUGAAGCCAUGUGUCUUAUUAAAAUACCAAUAAAAAGCAUUGCAACUCACAGGUAACUCACAGCAUGACAGUGUUAAGGGUAUUGGAUGGAAGUGUUAAAGACACUACAUUACUAUCUGGAACCCAAUUUGAAUACACCUUGGUGACCUUGUUUCUUUUUUUUUUUGCACCUCUUAAAGCAAACUCAAAAUACAAGAUCUAUUCCAUCUUUACUCAGACAAAACACUCUGCAACUUCAGUGAGAAUCUUGCCUGAGUAAGAACUUCAGGAUCUGGCCAGCUGGGAUUAUGUGAAACAAACACAAAGAUUUAAAAGCAACACACACGUCAUGUAAAACCUUCCUGAUUUUCCUUUAGAACAAAAAAAAACCAACUUACCAAACUACUUAAUAUCCCCCACUUCCUAGUUUUGAUAAGCAAUGCAGACUGACGUAUUUUAUAUCUUUAAAAUCUCUUGUACAAUAUUAACCCGGACAUUCCAAUUAAGGCCUAUCAUGUAAAGUGCUAAUGGGAUCUGUGCCCAAACUGUCCAUAUAUCUUUGGUCAACAAUUUUACUGUGGCAGCUGUCACCACUGCUGUGUGAGAAUGUUUAUCUACUGCGCUCAGAGAGUGUAGUUCUUAAUUUGCAGAGAUUCAGUGCUUUCCAGUGGUUUUGCCAUCCUUCUAAGACCUACUUCUAGCAUCUUAUAAAUCACUAAGAAAUAUAACAAAUAGAUUAGAGCUGUGGAGGCAGCUUUUUUUUAUUAUUCAAAAAUCUAAGCUCCAAUGAGGAAAAUUGAUCGCUUUGAAUUUUUCUGAUGGAAAGCUGAGGGAUUAACAGUUGAGGCCAUAACUUUUUAGUGAGUGUGUAUGUGCAUGUGGUGGGAUAUUGCAUCAUCAGGAUUGGCAAAGCUCUGUCAGAAAAGCUGUAAAGAGGGCAAGAAACCACUUUGCUUUGCCAGCUAUAAUUAGAAAUAAUAGGAUGGAGCUCAUCGCGAAACACCAUGUGCGCAGCUCUAAUUUAAAAACAAUAUAGUUUGUCCAGAAUCUUGUGAUUAUUUAUGUACAUCAUAGUCAUUUAUGUGGCAACUAAUUAAGAAUCAGAAUACAGAGGCUAUUGAGUAUGAUAGAAAAGGUAACUAAAGAGAAAAUAGAUGUUACUGAAAUGAGAUUUGAUAGGGGGCAAGAAUGGGCUUCCCUCUCUUUUCCUCCCAAUUAUUUUCUUCUCUCGGUUCCAAUGGUUAUAACUGUGGCAUCUCACAAUGCUACUAACAAAUCAGCCAGUGGUGGAGUGGCAACCAAACCACAUAUUUAAUGUUCUCAUCUUUCAAUGGCAGCUUUGAGUCUAAAAGGCUUGAAUUCUCCUCAAGUUGGGUUUCUCCUUUGUUCUCAAAUUAUGUAGCAUGGCAAAAAACCUUUUCAGGUUAAAUUGCUAAAUAUUAAAAUGGUUUUAUUAAACCAAAUCAUUUAUUUGAGGAAACAAUGCCUUUAUGAAUGUGUUUGGUAGAAUCCAGUAGCAAAAAUACCUACCACAAUGUAAUAUGGUUCUACAGCAAUUACAAUAAAAGUAAUAUAAUUUAUAGAUAAUUAUAGGCUCUCUGUAGAGUUGCACAGCCUAGGUAUGAUCAUUCUAUCCAAUUGCAUAGAGUGGUUCAAAACACCCAUAGAAAGUGAUCGUUUUUGUAUUCAAUCCCAUAGGAUUUUUUCAUAAGAGUCAAAUAAAACUUAUGUGCUCAAUGCCAAAGACUAAUCACUAUACUGUGGCUGAAAAGCUGCUUUCUAGCUAGCUCAGGCUAGAUUCAGUCAGAAAUGAGCUCAUUCAUAAACUGGAAGUUUACUAUAGUUUAUGGUUUUUAACUCACUUUUUAACAAAAUCUUCAGUAGUUAAUAGGGGCCAAAUAUCCCAUAAUGUAACUGGUAGAUACCAAUUCAGGGUCUGAUCCUGUAAACCUGACACAAGCUAAGCUCCAAGUGAACACAACGUGAGUGCUGGUGCACGGGCAUCUUUAUUUAAAGUGAAGAUAAAGGACAUGCAGCUGGAAGACUCCAAUAUUUUACCAUUUCAAGCUUCCAUUGUUUCCUACUAUGAACAAUGUGCCAUUUGCUUUUGGGUCAAGUGCUACUUCACCAACUUCUAAAUGUUGUGCUCAUUAUGUGGGCUGUUCUGGAGAAAUGAGCACAGCAGCUUUAUCGUCCAGAGAACAAUACUUUUUUUUGUCCUUAAGAAGGGAAGUUAAAUUAUAUUUAUCCCACAGAAGCAAACAACGUGGUGGGUGAAACUAAUAAUAUUUAGCAUUGACAUCUUCAGAGCAAUGCACUAACACUAAGUAAUUAAAGCUCAGAACGUCCCUACAGGCACACCAGUAUUACUGUCCACAUUUCAACAGGUGGGGAAACAGAGACACGCUCCAGAUCUACAUUGCAAUUAAACACCUAUGGCUGGCUCAUGUCAGCUGGCUUGGGCUAUGGGGCUGUUCAAUUGUGGUGUAGAUGUUCAGGCUUGGGCUGGAGCCUGGGCUCUGGGAUCCAUGGGGAGGCAGGGGCCCAAACAUCUAUACCGCAAUUAAACAGCCCCAUAGCCCGAGUCAGAUGACAUGGGUGUUUAAUUGCAGUGUGGACAUACGCACAGAGGCCUAGCCCAAAGCUACAGACGGAGCCAGUGUCAAAAAAGUGAUUUGAACUAAUGAGUUCCUGGCUCUUUGUCUUGUGCUCAGGCCACUAGACCAUGCUGCCCUACUGAGUGAGAAGGCCUUGAGGGGACAAAGUAUCCCUUUAAAUCCAACGGGAACCCAAAGUGCUUUAGGAAGGGUUUAUAAAGCAGAGCCCUCAAAAUGCCAACACAGCCACACAUAUUUAAACGGAUUGAGAGGACACUUUUUCCUCAGCAAACAUUGUUUAUCCUUCAUCAACACAGUCAUUUGAGUGACACCUUUAUAUGGUAAGCCAUUAUAUGACAGUUUAAUAACAAGUUUUAAUUUUUUGCUCAUCAGCUUUCCGGUUCACAUAUCAUCAGCAUAAGACAAAACAGGAUGUCAGGGAAUCUAAUUAGAAAACAAUUCCAUACUGCUGAUACAAGAUGAAACAUUCUUAAACUGCUAAAAAGAGCACUUUAAUCACCGUUGAAUGACUUUCAAUGCCAAAGCGGUUUGUGCCAUGUCAGUACAUAAUUUGAAACAGAUUAAAGUACCAUAUAAAAGAAUUAAUGUUAACAACUCCAUUAAAAAAGUCUUAAACAAUGAGCUUGUCAAUUGUCACAGACGUCCAUGAUCUAUUGUGAUUUAAAAAGAAAACUUAUAAACAAUGAUAGAAGGUCUGGGCAACCUAAACACUUUUUUUUUUUAAUCAGAAGACUGUCAGUUGUAUGUGGUGCUAAUCACCAAAGCUGGGGGGUCAACCAUCUUUAACCUGUAACAAAGGCAGUGAGUUAGAAUGAUGAAUACACAGGAGAAAGAAUUUCUGAGAAGCCCAGUUGAAUCUUUAAUCAUGCCUGAAUGCCAUUUCCGAUCCAGUCAAACAUUUGAAAGCUGCCAGGCUAGUCCCAUGCCAUCAAUCUUUAUAGUGUAUAUAAAAUUACCCAGGAAUCUUGUUUUGGCUUAAGUUAAAGAGUGUCUUGGUAAUAAGGGUUCAUCAUUCUCUUUCACAAAUCAUUUGUCAGAUUUGCAGUACAAUCUUAAACUACAGCAGGGUGGGAUUUAUAAAGCAGUUUCUGUUUAUUUAUACUUGAGCCUCAAAGAUCUAAAUUAUCCAUCCUUCCAAAAUCCUUUGUUGGGAUAAAAAUGUUAAGUAGCUACGAGUUCGUAGGCAUUUAUUUGCUAACUGCUAGCUAUCAAUUUGUAGCUGAUGGCACUGAAUACAAAUGCAAAUAGAGUAUCUUAAUGGUAAAAUAAAAGGAGUUCUUGAUAGACAGAAUAUGGUUAAAAAACUCAUUAAUAUAUGUAAUUCACCCAUUAGUAGUCUAACUUACUAUUUAUGUUCCUGAUAAGAAAACAUAGUAUACAGUUAAUGUUUAGUUUUCAGAUUUGUCUAUUUUCAUGUUUAUUUCCUAAAAUUAGAGUCCUGUUCUGAAGCAGGUUUAAAAAUGAAGCAUAUAAAUAAAAGAAACAAAAGUCAUAACGUACCCAUAUAUUCAUCAACCACAAAUGAAUAGGCACCAUUCUAAAUAGUAUUAAUGGCAUACCAAUAGCACUGAACAUUGCAAAGCAAGGGAGAUGGAAUCAACUUAUUUGAAAAAUAUUUGAUUUUUUUUUUAAUGAACAAUUAAGAGUAAGGGUUUGUAUGCAAAUAUCCUAAGGGCAAGUGUGACAUUGAAAGGUGGUCACUGGAAACAUGUGAAUUGAAAAUUAUAAGAGAGGCAAAUACUUGUGACAAGAUCCAAAUUCAAAGCAAGCAGCUCUGAUAAAAUGAAAAGGCAAGUGCUUCCUUAAAACUGUUCAAGCUUUCCUUGUUAUUCAUCUCAGGUCUAUUAGGCAAAGCAAACACUUUCGAGAUGCAAAAAACAGCAGAUUAAUACAGCUGCAUUGUGAACAUGCCACCUAGACUGGAAUAAUUUAUUAUACAGCAGUGAAGAGAUGAAGUAAUAAGCACAUAUUCCACAUCAUGGAAUAAAUGGUACUUUUCAUGCCCUCUCCAUGCCUCUGAAUAAUACACUUACAAUGGAGCUUAAAGUCACUCUGGUAGAUGGUGGAAACAUGUUUUGUAGUUUAUCUGUUGGUAUCUCUGCACUGGGUAAUUACUGAUUCCAUAGGAAAGGUCUAUUGUAUAAGUCCUAGUUGGAAAACAACGUGUAGGGAGAUCACCUCCCGAAUGAUCAAUUUCACAUUUUCUAAAGCGGACUCUAAAACUGCUGUUACAAUUUUAUACACAUAUAGCCAUCUCUUCAGCUCAGGUAAACCAGUAGCUGAGAAUGUGGCCAAUCAUUUCUUUACAACCCUGGUUCUGCACAUGCAAACUAGGUCCAACUACAUGAUGUAUUCCUGGAAACAUACAUGCCAACCCAGACUGCCUGCCUGCACAAAAGCAUGCUGCAGAUGGUUGGGAAUGUAAUGUUUGCAAUUGCAACUUCAAAGAAGAGGCUUUGUGGCUCAAGUCACAAAAUUUGAAUCUAGGUUUGAAUUUCUAGUAACCCCAAAGUGAAGGAUGUCCAGAACUUGGAUUUUAGCUCACGUUCCUCUCAAUAUACACCUAUUCCCUUCUCUAGUUACCACAUUAAAAAUGUUCAAAAUAGUAAGUAUGAAUUGGUAUUCAUUUUGUAUGAUUCACAAGUCCAUGUGGGCAUAGCCUAAAACAACCAAUGGACACAGCAACAGACGUCUCUAUAAACAUUAGCAAUUAUAAAUCAUUACUCCUCAUCAGCAAUUCAUUCGGCCUACAGGAUUUCCCAAUGUCCUGAAGCACCUUUAAAGGCCAAUCUUGAGAGUUUCUGAGUGGCAUCAGCUGCUGUGGAAGCCAGUGGGAAAUGAGGGAACUUAGCCUAGGACCUUAUUUGCUCAGGCCUCCUUAUUAGAUGGCAAGAUUAAUUAGCCUCCUGGGGUAAAAAUCAAAACCAAUCAAAAUAAACUUUUAAGAAUACUAUUACAAGUAAUACAUUUCUCUUUCAAAUGCAUGUUGUUGCUGCCAAAGGGUAGUGGGUAUGGUGUUCAGAUGGUUUUCUCUUGUACAAUGCAGUGUACAGUUUUUAAUCUCAUACAUGGCAUUAUAUCAGAACUGCUUACCUCUGUCUACAGUACUCCAACCCAUAGCACUCCCCAAAUGACACUGUUGGCCGGAGAAUAUAUGUAUUAAUGUAAAAUAAGAAAAUAGGACUCCCGGGUUGUUUCUUCAAUAGAGAAAUGUGAAGUAGAGACUUGGGUGAAUAUGGUAAAUUGAAACCAUAUCUGUAAUCAAAAAAUGCCACUUCUGAACUGCCAGGUCUGAUUGAAUGACAAAUAAGAAUCACUUCACUCAAGGUGCUACCUAUACCCAACAGACAGCAAGAAAACCUGACCUGAACUGGCUCUGAAAUUACAACCUUUUCAAAGGUUUUAUUGAACCACAUCAAAACCAGAGAAAUUGCUGCAAUCUCUUUUUCCUCAGAAAACUUCUGUAUCAACCAGUGUAGUCUCUGAAAAGACAAUACAAUACUUAAACUAAAAUCUAUAAGAUUUGCUUAUUUAUUCUGAUCCAUUCCUUUUCAAUUAAUUCUCCAAAAUAUUUUACAACAAAGACUCAAAAUAGAAAGGCUUCUGUACUUGCAAAAUAUUUCCUAGUUGGUUUCAAGUGGUAACUUUACACACAGUCGCUAAGACCUCUGCACACUUUACAUAUAUUAUAGCAGAUAAAUACUUUAUAUUCCCUGAGUAGGAAAACUGCAGCAGUUCACAAAAGAGGAUUUGUUUUCUACUGCUGAGGCAUUAAGGCCGAGUGAUUAUUUCAAUAGUAUUCAGUAUAUACAGUUAUAUUUAAACUACACUUUAGGUUUUAACUUUGCAAAAGAAAAUGUUUCCAUUGCAAUAAAUGUAUUUUGAUAAUGGCACUUUGGUGUUUGUGUUAUGCAAGUUAAUAUGAUAUUAAUAAUAUCAAUGAAUUGUUUUUAAAAACUACAUACUUCCAACAUCCUGGGUCAAACAAAGAUUGCCUACCCUUAUUCCAUAGCAAAAUACAGCACUGGACUGAAAGUCAGGAAACCCAGGCUGUAUUCCUGACCUUGACACUAACUCAUUGUGUGAACUUGGGCAAGUCACGUAAUCUGCGUGCACCUCAGUUUCCCCAGCUGUAAAAUGGGGGGAGUAAUAUUACUUACCCACCUCACAGGGCUGUUGUGAGGACUAAUUCGUGUCUGUAAAGUGCUUUGAAAUCUUUGGAUGAAAAGCACUAAGUGUAAAGUAUUAUAUUAUAAACUAUUAUUAAAGUGCUUAGAAGAUGUAGAACCAGGUUGGCAAAAUAUCUGAUAAAAGACAUGUUUAACAUACACAUUUUUCUUUAUUGUAGAAACCCCACCGUUCCGCAGUAUGAAAUCCUAAAUCCUUUGCAACAUUGGGCCCUAUUCUGAUCUCACUCACACCGGAAGGGUCUUUUGCCCAACUCAAAUGGAAAAGGGAGCUUAGCAAUGCUCUCCCUCAUACAAAUUUGUGUGUCUCCUGAGAAACUUGUCAGAUGAAGUACAGGUGAGCAUCCCAAAAGUAGAUGACAGAAAAGGAAACAGCACAAAGGAGGAUGUUCGAUGGGUUCACUGUUCCAUCACCUUUGCAUAUAUUACAAGGGGCCAAGUUACCUAUUUCCCAAAAUGUAUCUCUUCCUCUUUCUAAAUAUCUUACUAAAGUGGGUGAUCUGUUUCUGAAAACCAUUUCCUUGACCUUUAACUACUUUUUGAAGGGAGACAAUGUGAGAUUGUACAACCAGCAUUUAAACAGCAGCAGUACUUUAGGGCUUGCUGAUUUGGCAUUUUAACAGGGCUCAGCCUUUCACAGUGAUCAAGCCUGCUUAAUUUUUGUCUCCAAAAUACUAGGCACUGUUUUCACUUGAUUUUUUGUAAAUUAUUAUUCCACCCCACUGAUGACUAUGGACAUGAUGAUUGUUCCUCCCUGUCUCUUAUUGCUGUAUCAUAGCUCUUAGCAGCAGUGUACGACUUCAUAUUGUUCCCUAUUCUUGGGAUUUGAGAGUUACUGUCGGAGAACUAGCAUUGUUUGUUUCAUUCCAUUUUGGGGCAGGGACAAGCUUAGGUUGACCUUGGUACAUUCAUAUCCAAAAAGCUUACUCCUUGUUCCAUUUCCCAAAAGUGUCCAUUGGCACUCAGGGCAAAGUGCCAAAGAGCUGUCACUCUUGGGCAUCAAAGGCAGCAAUAUCAGGAGUAGAUUGUGUUGGUAAAACUCCCUUCCCCUGUUUUCUGAGCUUUUGGAAUCUGUACCAUCUCCCCAUGUAAGGAAUACAUCGCACAAAACAUUCAAUUGGUCAAAAAGGGAAUCCCAAGAACAUAUUGGAAAUCACACUGAAAUAUACAGCCAGAUAUUAAUGGGCAAACAUGUAUUUGACACACAGGUCAGAGUUCUUGUCAGUAACACAUGUAACUUACCACAAAGAAAAAUCAGAUACACUGCUGUAACUAAAACAUUCAGAAUAGGGUCCAUUGAUGCUCAGAUAUAUGUGACUGCUCAAAGCUAAUUGGAAAUGAAGAAGAAUUUGUUGACACGUGGUUUCAAUUAAUAAUUUAUGUUGACUUGAACUGUUUUAAGUUUUUGCUGUACCUAACAUUAAUUAUAUAUAUAUACACUUUAUAUAAAUGUACGUAUACAUACAAUCCUGUAUAUGCUGUAUAUAUUUAUAUAGCCUUUUAAUACUAUUACUAGUGAGAAUUAAGACCUUUUUCAUGCACAGUAUUGCAAAGAAUGUCAUCGACGUACAGAAGAAACCAACAAUUGGCUUCCUCUCUUAUUUUGUACAGAAUCAUUUUAGCCUGAAUAUGAUUUCAGCUGUGAGAGAGAAAAAAACAAACAGCAAUAUGCUUUUUGAGCAAGUGACCUUCCUGGACAAGUAUGUAAAAAGCUGUUUGUUUAGGUUUUAACGACAAGGACUGAUUUUUGUCUGUUGAUAUACAUAUAUACAGCUUGGCACUAAAAUGCAUUGAAAAAAACCACAGGGUGUUAUGAUGGGGACAUAUCAUGAUUAGAAAUUAACUACUAACUGUCUUCCAGAAACUAAUUAAGGGAAUGUAUUUUGCAAUAAUACAGAUCUAGUAAACAGGCCUCUACUGUCUAGGCUUAGCGCUAUAUGCCAAGCACUCCUGUAUUAUGUACAUGUGAUUUUCAUAGAUAGCCUGCUGUAAAGUGAGUCCUGUUAGUGCAUCUUUCAGGCUCAAAGACACUGGCCUUGUUAAUAUUUCAUUUAGUACAUACUGUAGAGUCUUAUUUAUAUUACUUCUAUAAUUAACGGUGAUAGCUUAGGCACUGCCUUUACAAGGAGAGAUCCCUGUAUGUUGGUCAAUGGAUAAUGAGAAACAAUAGAUAUUUCAUUCACCAGCAGCUUGUUGCUAGUUAGUAGGAAAUUAUUGUGUGUACUGUUGCUUUAAUUGCCAGGGUAAAUAAUGCUGCCGCUGUGUUAGUGAACAUUUUAAAGCACUUGAUGCAAAUAGAAUAGAAACAAAACAAAACAAAAAAUUACCUUUAUUAUGCUAUACCUUAGCAUAGAGAGUUUAAAAGGUAUGUCUUAAAACAUUUGCGUUCUAUCAUGCAAAUAUAUCUUAAUAUGCAUGUGCUGACUAUUCUACUACUGUAUUUUAGGAAAUACAAUUAUGCUGCCUUUCUCUUCUCCUAUGUAGACUGUAAAUAACUGUAGAUCUUUCUCUUGUUUUCCUGUGUAAAUAUAUGUAAAUACUAACAAGCUAUGCAUGUUGAUAUUCUAGGCAAUUUCAGGUACUUUUAUAAUCUGAAGGCAUGUACUUGAACUGGUUUGUUAAAAAAAAAUCAACCUUCUCAAAUCCUUUAAAGCUGACUAGAAAUUAAAGAUUUCUUACUAGACUGGUUCCUUCAAUCUCAGUUGUUUUUUGUUUUCCUUUUUCCUUCUUUGUCAACAUCAUCAUCUAUUGAGACCUGCUGUUGAGGAUGCUUAGUUUAGAGCUGUUUUCUUUGAAGCAUGUGCAUUGCCCUUCUCUCUCACCCUCCCUUCUUUCGCUCCCUGAAUGCAAUUCACCCCUGUGCAGAGGACCUGCACCGCUUAAGUGCUACUCAAGCCCUGUUUCCAGGGUUUAAGUGAGACUUAUAGACAUUACCCAGGCCUUCUGUAGAGAGGUGAAUUUCACCCUCCUUGCUCUGAUCUAUCUUUUGCUUAAUUGGUUUUUAUAUUUCAUUUUCUCAAAUACCUGCUUCAUCAAGUAAUUAUCCAAUGUCUACAGUGCUCAGGAUUUAGUUUAUAGAUAGUCGUUACAUCAGCCCAUUCAAAUUGGUGAAAUGGGUUUGCUUAAGAGCCUGCAGCCUUGGCAGUCUCAUUGCUCUGUGGUUGUGGUAGGACGGUACCCUGCAGACUUGCUGCUCACUCUGCUACACUUUCCUGUUUGAACAUACCCUUUGUGUUUCCUCUUUAGUGUAUUUGUAAAUUUGAUAGACUGUGAAAAUAAUUUGAUAAAUGGCUUGAUAAAUUC